AUGAUGCUGAACCUGCUUGUGGUUUGCUCAUUUGUACAGCUGGAUUCCUCUGGCACUGUUACGAUCGAGGAGCAGAUUGUGCUUAUGAUGAAAGCCAAAGUACAGUGUGAACGCAACAUCACAGCACAGCUCCAGGAAGGAGAAGGCAAUUGUUUUCCUGAAUGGGAUGGACUCAUUUGCUGGCCCAGAGGAACAGUGGGGAAAAUAUUAGCUGUCCCUUGCCCUUCAUAUAUUUUUGACUUCAAUCAUAAAGGCGUUGCUUUCCGACACUGUAACCGCAAUGGAACAUGGGAUUUUGUUCAUAGCUUAAAUAAAACAUGGUCUAAUUAUUCAGACUGCCUUCGCUUUAUGCAGUCAGAUAUCAGCACUGGAAAGGAAGAAUUCUUUGAGCGCCUCUAUGUUGUGUACACUGUUGGCUAUUCUAUCUCCUUGGGUUCCUUGGUGGUGGCUGUUCUCCUCAUUGGUUACUUCAGACGCUUGCAUUGCACUAGGAACUAUAUCCACAUGCACUUAUUUGUGUCAUUCAUGAUGAGAGCCACCAGCAUCUUUGUCAAGGAUAAAGUGGUCCACGCUCACAUAGGUGUCAAGGAGCUGAAGUCUCUGCUGAUGCAGGACGGUCUACAAAAUUCCGUUGAGGCACCAUCUGUGGACAAGUCACAGUAUAUUGGUUGCAAGAUUGCUGUUGUAAUGUUUAUUUACUUCUUGGCUACAAACUACUAUUGGAUCCUGGUGGAAGGUCUCUACCUGCACAGUCUCAUCUUCGUGGCAUUCUUUUCAGACAGCAGAUACCUGUGGGGCUUCAUCUUAAUAGGAUGGGGGUUUCCAGCAGUAUUUGUGGCAGCAUGGGCUGUGGAGCGAGCCACCCUGGCUGAUGCAAGGUGCUGGGAGCUUACUGCUGAAGACAAGUGGAUUUAUCAAGCCCCCAUUCUAGCAGCAAUUGGGCUGAAUUUUAUUCUGUUUCUGAACACAGUUAGAAUCUUGGCUACCAAGUUUUGGGAGACCAAUGCACUUGGGCAUGACAUGAGAAAGCAGUACAGGAAACUCGCCAAGUCAACGCUAGUGCUUGUCUUGGUUUUUGGAGUGCACUACAUCGUGUUCAUUUGCCUGCCACACUCCUUCACUGGGCUUGGCUGGGAGAUCCGCAUGCACUGUGAGCUCUUCUUCAACUCCUUCCAGGGUUUCUUUGUGUCAAUCAUCUACUGCUACUGCAAUGGCGAGGUUCAGGCUGAGGUGAAGAAGCUGUGGAGCCGUUGGAACCCAUCCCUGGACUGGAAAAGGAUGCCACCAUGUGGCAGCCAUAGAUAUGGCUCCGUGCUCACAACCGUGACUCACAGCUCCAGCAGCCAGUCCCAGAUGGCAGCCAGCACUCACAUAGUGCUCCUUGCAGGCAGAGCCUCCAAGCCCAUCCCCAGGCAGCCUGACAGCCAUGUGACGUUACCUGGCUAUGUCCGCAGUAACUCUGAACAGGAGUGCCUGCCACACACAGUCCAAGAGGAGACCGAGGAGGGUCAUGAGCACCAGGUAUUUGGUGCUCCAGUGGCUGAGAGUUUUGGAGCACUGGAAGUCAACCCAGACGCUGAAGGAUGCAAAGGUGUCACUGAGGAUGCUGUUUGAGCCAUCACUCGUGGCUUUUAUGGGCUCGUGGGACUGGGUGUGUGAAGAAGGUUGACUGGUGCUCUCCUGCUUGUGCCUGAAAAUUGCAGAUCGUGGGCUGAGACAUUGUUCAACAUGUUUUCAGGUUCCAUGAAUUCAUUCUUAAACACUAACAACACAAAAAGACCAAGCAUCAGUGGAGUGGUUUUCUAACUUC